AUGGAGAACCCCUGGUACCAUGUACCAGGCAUUCCGAAGAUUCAAAACCGAUUUCCUCUUCUUCCGCGUUUCAAUACAAUAAUGGGUCGUCGCUCUGCCUCACCGCGCCGCAGCCGAAGCCGCAGUCCACGCCGUUCUCGCCCGCGUAGCCGCAGCAGUAGUCGUGGGGGACGUAAUUCACCUCCACCCAAGCGUUCUCGUUCGAGAUCCCGUGGAGACCGUAACCGAGGUCGAUCUCGCUCGCGUUCACGUGACCGCCGACGAGACCGUAGUCGGGGCCGUGACCGUCGUGGACGCUCGCGAUCGGCGGAUCGCGGCCGUCGUGAACCCAUCAGCCUUUUGGUGCGCAAUCUCUCGCCCGAUACGACGGGGGAUGAGCUUCGUCGCGCCUUCUCGCGUCGUGCGGGCGACAUCCUGGACGUGUACAUCCCCAAAGAGUACAGCAGCAACCGCCCCCGAGGCUUCGCCUUCAUCGAGUUCGCUGACGCUCGCGUGGGCCGCGACGUUAAGUUCGAAAUGGACCGCACGCAACUCGGAGGCCGCGAGAUCGCCGUGCUUUUCGCCAAGCAGCACCGCAAGAGUCCGCAGGAGAUGCGCCGCAUUCUCAACUUGCCGGCUGAGGGAUCACGCAGCGUCAGCCCUGGAGACAAGCGAGACUCGGUCUCUCCACGUGCUUCAGCCUCUCCACGUCGUGACUCUUUGUCCCCCAAGCGAGAGGAAUCCAGCUCUGCGCGCAGUCCGCCCGCUGGUGAGCUGGAAGAGAAAUUUGUUCAUAGUAGUAUCGGGAUUGUCAUUGCUGUCACCUUUGGCGCGCACGACACGAUCUUCACCACUUUCUGCUUUACGGAUAACUCGUGGCAGAUAGCCAGAGGCUACGCAGAUAGUCGCGUCAACAACCUCGACGACGCGAACGAUGCCUUAACAACCAAGCGUGCUACCGAACAAGACAACGCGAAUUCAUCCGUGAGCUCCAGGAUUGUGUCGAAGGGCUACGCGGAUAAGUGCAAACACUGUCCGGAAAGCGCCACACGUUGUGCUACGGCGUCCAAACCAAGAACAACCUUUGGAAUGUCGCUGUGGAAUACUUUCGCCUCUUUCGAUACGGGUAUCUCGCACCGCUGA